GCACCACCUCCCUCGUGCAAACACGUGCAGUUUGUUUUGCUCAGGUGGAGCAAUCCCCCCACCUGCUGGGCGAGUCGCGCGACAGCUGCGGAUUUAACGCCGCGUGACGCGAUCACGCGAUGAAGACACUCAGACGUAAGAGCUGAGCUGAGAUCAGCUACAGGAGCACCGAGCCCAGCGUUUUCUUACAGGUAACAUCAGCAAUGAGUGCUGCCAUGAAUUUUAAAAAGUGCGGCUCUGUGCUGGUAACGGGAGCCAGCCGAGGGCUCGGGCUGCAGAUCGUGGAGAGCCUGGCGAGUGGAGGUUUCUCACCCGGGAAGAUUAUAGCCACGGUUAGACAGUCCGCGAGCGCGCAGAAACUUCAGGAACUGGCAGAGAAACAUCCCAACAUCCACAUCAUCACUUUGGACGUAGUGAACCAGGAGAGUAUAGAGAAGUCUGCAGAAGAAGUGGCCCGGCUCGUGCAAGAAGAGGGUCUCAACUGUCUGAUCAACAAUGCAGGGAUCAAUGUGGUGGCCGACUUUAACACCGUCACUGCAGAGAAGAUGAUAGAAAACUUCCACACUAAUACCGUGGCUCCUCUAAUGAUCACCAAGGCCUUCCUGCCUCUGUUGAAGCAAGCUGCAUCGAGAGGAGGAGCAGGUGGCUCAGGGAGCAUGAGCAUCCAGAGGGCAGCAGUCAUUAACAUGACCUCUCUGCUGGGCUCUGUGGAGCUCGCCUGGGGUGAACGGGCCAAUAACUUCAAAUGGUACCCAUACAGGACGUCCAAGAGUGCCCUAAACAUGGUGAGUCGCUGUAUGGCUGUAGACCUGGAGCCUGAUGGGAUUCUUUGUAUGGCUAUACACCCUGGCUGGGUCCGUACUGAUAUGGGGGGUUCUCAGGCUCCACUGAGUCCAGAGGAGAGUGUUUCUGCCAUGUUGUCUGUGAUUGGUGCACUGACAGAAAAGGAUCACGGGUCAUUUCUGAACUUUACAGGAGAGGCGUUACCUUGGUGAACCUCAUUAUCACAGAUCAGAGCCUAAAGCCAUCUCUGCUCAACUUCAGCUAUGCAAAAGUGAAUGUAUCACUGACUCCGAGUACACAAGGUUACGUUUUAAUAAAGCUUUAAUUUAUUUUACCUAAAUACAGUUUAUUUAUAGGAGAGCAACAGUGCUCACUUUGUUAUACAGAGAUUACUUUAAAGUGUUAAUAACCUUGUUAAUAGACAGGGUAUGGUAUGUGCUGUCUAUAGGGCUACAUACUGUAUAUUCAGUAUUCUGUUAGGCCAACUCUAAAUACAGUGUAUCUAAGCGCAUCAUUAAAUGUUCUAAUAAGAAAUCAGGAGUUAUUAUCUGCAGUAGCACCCACUCUACAAUAGAUAGUAUAUAUUGCAGUGGUUUAUGCCGAUGUUUAAAUAAAUGAUUAUAAAAAUGUGUU